UAGAAUAGAUCUUGGGUGUUUGCAGACAAUGGUUUGAACAGAGCGUGCGAGCUGUUGCACGGAAACGUUGACCAAUCAGCAGCGACACCUCGAGCUGCGGUUUCCGUGAGGACUGUUGGACAGCCGGCAAACCAACCUGCAUUUUUUUUUUUUUUUUAAAUACUUGAACCCCCACCCCCUCGACUGUGCAGUCACACAAUACUGAUUAAAAACAUGUAACGCGUUAAGAGCACAGGUCUUCUCAGAGCUGUUGUGGUGAAGCAUUUCACGGGGCCGCUCUGAAGUAUUUUUGGUGGUGCUGCGGAGAGAGAGAAAUAGGCACGAGAAGCUCUUUUAGAGAAAAGACUUAAUGUCUUUUCAUUGUUCACACCAUGCACAGAGCUGGGUUAACCACAUGCAGAGUUGAGGGGAGGGGGAAAGGGGAGGAAGGACGAAGAAGGCGCAACCAUGAGAAGUUUCACGCGAGAGACUGAAAGUGCAUCAAAUGCCAGCAUGAGCAGGGCGCAAGAAGGAGGGCAAACUUGGCAGGCCUACAGCCCUUACCUGAAUUUUGAGACACACAUUUUUUUUCUGCACAGGAUUUGUGUGUGUCUGAGGAGAAUGUGAACUUCCUAUUUUAGUUAGGCCUGGUGGUGUUUUUGACCUCUUAAGCAACAUUUUGUGCUGUGUAGAAAGAAGGAGCUCGAAACAGAAGAUUGCAACAUGUGGAGGAAUUUGCUAAUAGUGUAGAGGGAAGAGGGGACAUGAACUAACUGAACCAACAUGGCAGUUCACAGUUCAGUUAACGGGACGACAGCCAUCCCGUGGAGGGGCAGCAGGAGGAAGCCGUCGCUCCUGGAGCAGCUGAAAGGCUGCCGGGAGGCCUGGUGUCCCGGGGCACCCUGGGAUAGAGAGGGCGCCCACGCCGCUAUCUGUGGAACACCUGCAGGGAGUUUCCUAGUUGUGCGGGACUGUGCGACGUCUCUGCCCAGCCUGCUGUGUGUGUCUGCUGGAAGACAGAAUGAAACCGUCCUUGAUUAUAAUAUCAAAAGCACAGGCACAGCGUUGCAGCUGUCCGAGUCCCGUCUUACUUUCUCUGACCUGGCUCAGCUCGUGUUCUUCUACUCCGUGACCAGGGAUGUGUUGGCCGUGUGUCUGUCAGUUCCUCAGUGGAUCUACGGCGUGACCCACCAGAAUAAAGAUCUUCUCUCUCAGCUUGAACCCAAAACUUGGCUGAGCUCACCGCCUGACCAACAGAUGGAUGAAAUGACCCACAGGGAGUCGGGCACCAUCAUGUGCUCCAUACAGCUGACUUCCACCAACGGGGCCUUGUGUAUCAUCAAUCCCCUCUACAUUCGCGAGCACGGAGAUGAUUGGCUGACCCACAGGGAGAGUCGCGUACAAUACGCCUCGCAGCCGUCAACCUACCGGCGAGAGCGACGCCUCAGCACCACUCGAACGUGGGCAGGGGCGGGGUUACAGAGUAAACGGGCCAUCUCACUGGACCAGGAGCCCGCUGCUGCCAGUAUGGAGAGUUCUGGUCUAACCAGGGCUAAGUCAGCUGAUUCCCCAACCCCGUCAACAACAGCUUCCCCAGCUGGGGUGGUCCUCAGGAGGCCGAGCCGAGAUUCCGCCUGCAGCCCCCCGCACAGGGAAAGCGCUGGGAGCCUGACGUCAUCCACUCCCUCCACACCUGAGAAUUUGAAUUGCGCUUUGUCCGAGCUGCAGCACCACGGCAGCCCAGUGCCCCAAUCUCCUCACAGGGUGUCCUGGAUUGAAGACGGAGUCUGGCUAUCCCCACCCAGACCCUCCUCCUUGCUUCAUCCUCCUCUCGAGCUCGACUCGCUGUCGAUCAGCAGCAUAGAGGAAGAGCAGGAGUCCCAAAUUUCAAGCCCCACACCCCACCACCCGUCGGCACACCGCUUGGCCGACAAGGUCAUACAUCGGCUCUCGGCGGUGGGCCAGGCACUCGGCGGGCUGGUCUGUCAGAAGAAGAGACUCACCAAUCGCGUGCAAGAGCUGAGCGACCGGAAAGGCGGGACAUUUGCAGAGGCUGUGAGAGGAUUCGUGGAGAUGACGCAGAGGGGAGGGACUGAUCCCGGAGGGGUCACAGGGUCAAAUUUCUUACAGGAAGUGAGGUCAUUACUUACGUCCCUGAGGGAAACCCUGUUGGACUACCCAGAAGUCCAGGCGUUGUUGGACAGCAGUACUGAUCUUAGUGACCAAGAAAUGGACUCACUGGUGGAGCUCUCCCUCCACAAAGUGGCUCUGAAGCCCGUCUCCUUUCACCUCUACUCCUGCAUUCGCACCUCCCGCACUAAUGACGGCAGCUUCGAGCGCCUUCAGAGCAACCUGCGCGUGCUGGAAAAGAACGGGGUGGAGGAGCUGGGAGGGUCGCCGGGAGUCGGAGUUCCGGACAGUGUCAGCCUGGAGCGGAUCCAGCAGAGGUGGACGGCAAUGCACGAAGCCUACUCCCCCAACAAGAAGGUCAAGAAUCUGCUCAAAGUCUGCAAGAGCAUCUACCACAGCAUGAGUGCUAAUGCUAGCUCAGGUACAGCAUUUGGAGCAGAUGAUUUUCUGCCCUGCCUGACAUGGGUGCUGCUCCGCAGCGAUGUGGUCACCUUACAGCUGGACACGGAUUACAUGAUGGAGCUGCUGGACCCCACACAGCUGCAGGGAGAAGGUGGCUACUACCUUACAACUCUAUACGCCUCUCUCUACUACGUCAGCAGUUACCGUCCGCGACUGGCAGCUCGUCAGCUCAGCGUGGAAGCGCAACAGUCUCUCAACCAGUGGCAUCGCAGGCGCACCCUGCACUGCAACCAGUCCCGCCGCAGCCACCAUCGACGGACCAUUCGCAGGCAGACGUGUCGCGAGAUUGGGUCGCAGGACACCGACGCAGAGACCGCCAGCAAAGAGGAGACUGGAAAAGAAAAUGAUUCUGUUCGUACCGACGAGUCACGGGAACAGAGUGAAUGCAGCGUGAGGGCUCUGCAACCACUGAGAGAGGAGACGGGGAGAGAACAAGGACACGAGGACCAAUCACAGACGUCUUCUCCGGCGUUGGACCAGCAAGAGGUGAUGAGAAGCAAACAGGAGGACAGACAGACUCUGUGUACAGCAGAAGAAGAGGAACAAGGAGGCGUGUAAUGGAGACGGGAAGAACACAGGAAAUAAAAACAGAUGUUCAAAUUCCAAUGGCGUCAGCAAAUUAUAAAAAAAAAAGGUUUGGCCUUAUUCAGUAUAUUCCGUUAAAUGUUAUAUUUUCCCUCGCAAAAUACUGGACAUCUUUUUUAACUUCAGUUCCUAAAAAUCUUUCAAAUGAUAAAUUUAUUGUAAAGAAGAGUUUAUACAAAACUUUAUAUGUCUGUUUGGGGACCAUAUGCAUAUAUAUCAUAGAAUCAGUGUUAAGUUAUAUGUAUCUGAUAAGUGAUCACCCUGAUGAGUUAAUUCAUCCGUAGAUCCACCUUGUUAUUGUUUUAUUCAUGUGGCAUUUGUGUUUGGAGGUUAAUACAUGAACUGAAAUUCUUUUAUAUACAGUUUAAUUUAAGAAAUAAUGUGAGUUUCCAUAUGUAGAUAUAUUAAUAUAAAAAUAAGGAUUUGCAAAAAAUUAAAAGUCUGCUUUUGUUUUAUGUGCUAUAUGAUAUUUACUAUUUCCAGCAGCUAUUUUCUUCUAAAUAGCUCUGUUUGCCCUAGUCUGUGCUUCUCACAUAUUAUUAUUAUUAUUAUUAUUAUUAUUAUUAGUAGUAGUAGUAGUAGUAGUAGUAGUAUUAUCAAUAAAGAAAAUUAUUUAACUUCAAGUAGAAAAGGCUAGGUGGAGACUGAAACAGAGCCUAAAUUCAAGCAGAAACAUGAAUCCAGUUAUAUAUUUAGUUAAAAUUUGUCUGCUAUAGAGUUAUCAAAAACACCUUUAUAUUACCAAACAGUAGAUAUGUCUUUUUGUUGCCCAAAUAUCUUUCUUUUUCAAACUGAAGCAAAACUGUGUGUUGUUUGUCUUUUUCUGAAAAUAUUGCUGUUGAAAUAUAUUUUGUCCACUAGAGGGCAGCCUUAAACCUCCUGUGAGAUUUACAGCCUUUUGUCCCCUGUAAUGAAUUUAUUUACAGUUUGCAGAAUGUACAGACGUUUGAAUUUUAAUUGAUACAAUAAGAUCAAGAAUUAGAAUUUAUAGUGGGGAAUAUAUUAAUUGGAAAAAAACAAAAACAAAUCAAAUCUGGAUUAGUUUGUGUGAUUUUCUAAAUAUGCUGAGAAAACAUGUCAGGGAAAGCAACAACUGUCCUGCUGGUGAGUCCCAGCAGAUUUGUUUGAAGAUAUUUCCUUUAACACACUAUGCACGCACGCAUGCACACACACAUGCACACACACUUUGAAGUGGCGGUUGUGACUGCAUAUAAGUUCAAACACUGAAAGGAAUUGAAGUUGUGGCCCCGACCAGAUUACAUGUUGGAGAUACAGACGAAGCUCUGAAAAGAGUUGAAGCGGCAGAUGAGAAAUUAAUUUACAAAACAGAAUUAGAAGUAAACAUUUUAAAGGUGCUGCAGUGAUGGUUGAGGCAAGCAGCUGAAUAUGAACUUUGAAUGGCAUGUUUAUUGUUUUUACUUCCCUCUACCCUUUAUUACUCUAACUGUAAAUUCAGCUGUUACUCCCACAUCAGUUCAUAUUCUAACUCUUAUUCCUAUCUUGUCCUUUAUUGUCUUUUUUAAAAAUACAUGUCGGGUGGGGAAAGUGCUGUAUAGGGAAACCAGUUGAGGUUAAACCGCUUCAAAUACUUCUAGUGGCAGUUGAAGCAAAUGAAUAUUAACUUGAAGUUUUCCCAGACAUUUCCAUAUUAUAUGAACUGUACAUAGUG